AUGACAAUAAAUCUAAAUGCUGCUUACAUUGAAAUUGUUCCGUUUCAAAGGACUACAUCGGAGAAAGAAAGUAUCACGGAAUCAGUUCUAGAGCCAGCUGCUUCAAAUUCCAAUAAUACACCUUGCAUUGGUAUUGUUGAUGAACUUAAAUCAGUUCAAUCUGAUUCCGUAACCGUUAUUCCUUCGACGAGUAGUUCUCAAAGUAUGUCAAAACCGUUGGAUAAAGCUUUAGAUUCUGACUCGGAAGUAAUUCCUAUAAAACGUCAAAAAUCUAUCAAGACCAGUUUUCAAGAAAUCUCCUCUUAUUCAGAAUCCGGCAUGAAAACAAGAAAACUUAACAAUUGUUUGUUAUAUAUGAUUUCUAAAGAUCACCAGCCUUUCUCAAUAGUCGAGAAUGAAGGUUUCAAAAAUCUUAUGAAAGCAGUUGCUCCUCAAUAUAAAAUACCAAGUAGAACAAGUCUAAGACGAUGGUUGGAUAAUAAAUAUGACGUUGUUUCAGAAACAUUUAAAAAGAAAUUGUCUUCAAUAGAAGAUUUAACCUUGACGACAGAUAUUUGGUCUGAUACAUUAAAUAUGAAAAGUUUUAUAGGCGUAACUGUUCAUUUUGGAAUAAAAGUUGAACUCAUUUCAGUUACUCUUGGCGUGUACGAACUCGAUGAAAGACAUACGUCGCAAUAUAUUUCUGAAAUGCUUUUAAAAACUUGUGUAGAAUGGGGUAUUAAAAAAGAUAAUGUGACGGCUGUUGUAACCGAUAAUGCUGCCAAUAUGGUGAAAGCUGUAGAAUUGACGUUUGCAGGUGUCGCAGGAGAACCUGUGGCACGUGAAGUGCAAAAACUGGCUCUGCAAGAAAUUACGAAAAGAAUGGGUUCCAUUGAACAUGUAACUCCUCUUGCUAUAGCAAACAUUUUAGACCCACGCUUUAAAAUAAUUCACUUUAACGAUGCAAUAGCUUGUAGUAAUGCUGUAUCGAAAAUCAAAGAUUUAAUGAAGAUUCAUUUGCGUCAAAUUGAAGAAAUCGAGUCAGACUCGGAUAAGUCUGAUAAAAGUGAAGAGACAUUUUCAUUAUGGAGUGAUCAUUACAAACUGGUACAUCGCAAUUGGAAGAGUAAUAAAUCUGAAGAUAGCUUGUCUGAUGAACUUUCAGUUUAUCUGACAAGUCCUGUUGGAAGACUUAACGACAAUCCUCUAGAAAUUUGGAAAGAUUACAAAAUACAGUUUCCAAUAUUGCAUAAAAUUGCCUUUAAAUAUUUAACAAUGGUGGGCACAUCAGUGCCAUCAGAGAGACUGUUUUCGCAAGCGGCGCAGGUAAUGACUCAACAAAGAAAUAGAUUAAAGGGAAAAAGAUUGGGUAAAAUUUUGUUUUUACAAAGUAUAGAUAAAAAUUAUUGGGAUAUAUAUUAA